AGUUAGCCUCCCAAUUUGGAUUUGUUCCAGGAUACGGUGAACACGUGCACGAGUUGAAUAAAAUAUCCCAGUUGAAUCUGUUGUCUCGUCCGUUUAACUUUUGUGAUUGGUUGAUGUGAUUGUCCAUCAAAACAGAAUGUUGAGCAACCGCCAUAAAAUCCAUUUAUGACUUUUUAUGACACGCUAACAGCUAGAGCGCUACGUGAAGAUCACACCGAGCAAAGCUGAAGACAAUGAGCUUGUACUUCAUCUUCCUCCAUUAGAAUGUUGUAGUUAAAGCUAUCUACUGUUGGUACUAUGUAAUGUAGUCGGCAGCCAUGUUGCUCCUGUUGUUGGACUUCUGGCGGCUGCUUCUGGCUUUCACGUUGCUUUUCAGUCCUUUUUGUGUCCUUUCACACUGCAGCAGCAAUCUUUGUCCCCCUGACGACUGUGUGUGCGACUUCACCGACCACGGUGGCGAUUCCAACGACCCACAACACUGUUCGGACUACAAGAGUUGUGACUUUGAAGAAGGCUUCUGUGACCUGAUCCAAAGAUCAGAACCCUUUUCUAAGUGGAACAGAACCAGGGAGGUUCCAGCCAUCGCAAGUGACCACAGGAACAAUCAAUCAGCGCAUUUCCUGUCGCUUGUGGCCAGCAGAGGACGUGAUGUAAAAGCACAAUUAUUCAGUCCAUCCUUUGUGUCUGCGGACACCUGCCAGAUGAGCUUCUACUAUCAUGUCGUGGCCCAACAUGGAGCUCUGCAGGUUCUGACUGAGAGCAGUCCACUGGGUCACAGCACAGUAGUGUGGGCACACUCCAGUCCAACGACAGCGUGGCAGCACACCGUCAUUGGCUUUGACAGCACCAGCACUUUUCACGUGGUGAUUGAAGGGCAUCUGUCAGCAGACAGUGAUGCUUCAGAGGUCGUGGCCAUCGAUGACCUUUCCUUUAGUCCCCACUGCGUGCCUGUACCAGAGAACACUGUGCCCCCUCCUGCCACGGUGUGCCCCCCCUCCUGGUUUGCAUGUGGCAGCGGGCUGUGCAUCGAGGACAGCAACGUGUGCGACUUCACCCCGCAAUGUCCCCAUGGAGACGACGAAAGCAACUGUCCUGCAGAAUGUGACUUUGAGGGCGACUCUUGUGGCUGGUACGAGCUCACUCUUGGCGACGGCUUUGACUGGGUGAGGGGCACGUCCUUGGACGUACCUCCUGAGUACUACGGCCGCCCGCCUCCUCUGGACCACUCCACCAACAGCACAGAUGGUCACUUUAUGUUCAUCCUGAAGAACAGCAGCAGUCUUUAUCCGAGGGCUGUUCUCAGAGGACCAUGGUUCCAACAGUCAGCCACGGGGUGCACCAUGAGCUUCUGGCAUUACAACUCAGGCAUCUCAGUGGGGGCUGCCGACAUGUACCUUCGCCUCCGGGGAGUCCGUAACACCACAGUCAUUUGGAGGACUUUGUACGACCAGGGAACCCGCUGGAACCGGGUCAGCGUGCAGCUGGGGCGCAUCACACAGCCCUUCCAAAUUGCCCUGGCUAAAAUCAGCUUUGGCGUGUUCGACGGUAUUUCUGCCGUGGACGACGUCUCCUUCCACAACUGCUCCAUGCCGCCCGCCGUGGUCGAGUGCCCCCCGCACACUCACUUCCACUGCACACGCACUAAAGCGUGCGUGGAGCGGCUGCAGCUCUGUGACCUGGUGGACGACUGUGGGGAUGGAUCUGAUGAAGAGGGCUGUUCUCCUGAGCUGCAGUGUAACUUUGAAAAGGGGCUUUGCAGCUGGAAACAAGAGCAACGUGGCGCGGACGUCUUUGACUGGACCCGUAUCCGAGGCCCUACCCCGUCCUUCAAUACGGGGCCCUGGAAGGACCACACGCUGGGUACCAGAUAUGGCCACUACCUCUACAUUGAGUCGUCUGUCCCGCAGGAGUUCAAGGACACGGCCGUGCUGCUGAGUCCAGCCUUGCAACCCACCCACCACCACGGUGACAACCCGUUUGAGUCCAGCCAGCCUUGCGUGUUCCGCUUCCAUUUCCACAUGUUUGGAUCGCACGUCUUCUGCCUGGCCGUCUAUCUCAGGACCGCCUCGACGGGCCGCGGGCAGUUACUGUGGGUGCGAUAUGGAGACCAAGGGAACUUUUGGCACAGGAAGACUCUCUACCUUACCAGUGCUCGACCUUUCCAGAUUCUAAUCGAAGGGACAGUCGGAGAUGACUUCAAUGGGGACAUUGCCAUCGAUGACCUGUCCUUCCUAGGUUGUGUUCCCUAUGAAGGAGAGCUGCCGCCGGCCAACAACACGUACCCUCCAGUGACCACGCCAGGCCCCACACUUCAGCCCCACAGCUGCCCCGAUGGGGAGUUUGCUUGUGGCUCACCUGGCGAGUGCGUUUCCCAGGUGAAAGUGUGCGACUUCAGACUGGACUGCUCUGACAGCUCAGACGAACGGGAGUGCGUGGCACAGCAGUGUGAUUUUGAAUCGGGUACAAGUUGCGGUUGGAAGAAUGUGGUCUCCAUGCAAGCAUUUCGCUGGUCACCUGACCAAGGAGAGAGCAUUCAUGCUGGAGAGCAGUAUCACCGUCCCUUCACUGACCACACCCUAGGCAGCCCUGAAGGAUGGUACAUGUGCGCCGACAGUUCAAAUGGCGGCUACGGUCACACCAGCGACCUCCAGACGCCCGUCAUCUCGUCCACUGGGCCCCAAUGCACCCUGGUUUUUUGGUACCACAUGGGCGGCUUCACCGUGGGCUCUCUGCAAUUGCUGCUGCGGCGUGGCGAUGUCACUCAUGAAGUUUGGUCUCAGACUGGUAACCAAGGCAACAAGUGGAGACGAGGAGAAGUGUUCUUGGGGCUGUCACGUGACUUUCAGGUGGUGUUCAGAGCCAAGCGGGGGAUCAGCUACAUGGGCGACGUGGUUAUAGACGACGUCAGCUUCGUUGACUGUCCUCCUCCGCUGCCCUCAGAGGUGGCGUGUACGCCUGAGCAGUAUGCCUGCGGCAACGGCCGCUGCAUUCCUCAGGACAACCUGUGCGACUUCAUCGACCACUGUGGGGACGACUCGGACGAGGACCCCUACAUCUGCAAGGGUUUUAGUGGACGCUGCAACUUCGAAUUUGACCUCUGCUCCUGGCGCCAGUGCUUGGACGAUGACUUUAAUUGGCGCAUCAAAGCCGGCAGCACGCCCACCGUGGGCACCGGGCCAUCCACGGACCACACCCGGAGAGACCCCUCUGGACACUACCUCUACCUUGAGAGCUCCUUCCCUCAGGCGGCCGGGAACGCUGCUCGCAUCUCGGGGCCUGUGUUAAGCUACAGGAGCUCACACUGCAAGAUGCGUUUCUUCCUCCACAUGUCUGGAGACGGCAUGGGAACGCUGGCUGUCUUCAGGAGAAGUGAAGGACGUCCUGAUCUGCUCCUCAACCUGACAGGUGACCAGGGCAACUACUGGCAGAUGAUGGAAGUCCCCCUUGGCCACACCAAGGACUUCCAGGUCAUGUUUGAGGGCAAAGUGGGCAGAAAUCCAAAGGGGGACAUCUGCUUGGAUGACAUCACCUUCUCACCAGGGUGCCUGCUGGCCUCUUCAGCUGUGGCAGACAAUAACACUCCUCCUCCUCAAGCCAAAGCCCAAGCUCUCACCCUGCUGGAAUGCUUGGCUCCUAAAGAAGGAGAUUCCAGUGCCGUGCACGCAGCAUCACCAGCCUGCAUGCUGCUUUGUCUUCCAAAGCCUCUUGAAGGCUGGUGCCCUUCGGGCUUGCUGCCGUGUGACAACGGCGGCUGCUUCGAUGCCGGCCAACGCUGUGACUUCAGAGAUGACUGUGGAGAUGGCACCGACGAAAAGCAUUGUGGGACUUCCUGCUCCUUUGAGGAGGGCCCAUGUGGCUGGAAAAGCUCCCUGGCUGACAAUUUUGAUUGGUCCCUGGGAACAGGCUCGCUCCAAAGCAUACGACCGCCAUAUGAUCACACUUUGAAGGAUGAAAACGGUCAUUUCCUCUACCUGGAAGCUACGCCCGUGGGACUGAAAGGUGAUAAGGCUCACAUCAGGACUUCUGUGUGGAAAGAGUCCAGUGCCAUCUGCAAGCUCUCCUUCUGGUACUACAUCUCCCACAAGGCCUCCGGAACCAUCCGCUUGCUCAUCAAGACAGACAACGCCUUGUGGGAGGCGUGGAACAAAACGGGCCAUCAGGGGAACCAGUGGAACCGAGCCGAGGUCCCGCUGAGGAAGUUGAGGAACUUUCAGGUGAUAUUUGAGGGCGUGCGCUGGCGGGACGUGAGUGGAGGCGCCGCCUUGGACGACCUGGAGUUCAAAGACUGCGCCCCCAGUGCUGCAGAGCUAACAAGCUGUCCUGCAGUCACAGACUUUGUGUGUCACAGCGGCCACUGCAUCGAGUCCCACUUGGUGUGCGACGGCAAGGCCGACUGUGCCGACCAAUCAGAUGAGAAGGACUGCGGUGAUGUGUUGGCCAUGCCCGGCGCUUGUAAUUUUGACAUGGAUAAAGACCGAUGGGAGGAGAUGUGCCAGCUCUCACAGGACACUGACGACGACUUUGACUGGAGGAUCCGUGACAGCAGCGAGGCAGCAGGGACUGGACCGUCAUCUGAUCAUAGUCCAGGUGGCGGGGGAAACUUCCUGCACAUCCAUUCAGCCGUUCAGAAAGAGGGCGACGUUGCCAAGGUGACGACCAUUAGUCGCUUUCCAGCCAGUGUGGGCAUGUGUCACCUGCGCUUCUGGUUCUACAUGCACGGCUCUGACAGGAUGGGGACGCUGAAGGUCUUCACCAAGGGACUCAGUGGAAUGCCACUGUUGAUGUGGGCGGUGGCUGGCGAUCAAGGCGAGCGCUGGACGUACGCCAACGUCAUCCUGUCCAACCCGGCGCCUUUUCAGGUGACCUUCCAGGCCGAAGUGGGCGGAGACAUGUGGACCGACAUUGCCCUGGAUGACAUCACAUAUACAGCCGAGUGCACAGCAGGAGGACCAGUGACCCCGCAGCCCAUCACAUGCAGUGUGGACCACUUCCAGUGUGUCUACUCCUUCCAGUGCAUUCCCAAGAGCUGGCUCUGCGAUGGGCAGUUGGACUGUUUGGACCAGUCUGAUGAAGAAGGCUGCCCUACAGCGAUACCGGGUACCAUCCCUCCUCAAGGAGACUGUCCUGAAGGACACUACCAGUGUUUGAACAACUUCUGCAUCCCGGCCAUACUGCGCUGUGAUGGAGUGUCCGACUGUCCUGAUGGCGAGGACGAGUACAGCUGCCCCCUGCUGCAGUGUGAGCUCGGAGAGCUUCUGUGUGAAAGCGUGCCUGCUUGUCUUCCUCCUCACAAGCGUUGUGACCACUUUGCAGACUGUCUGCCUUUCCUCUCUGAUGAGUCCAGCUGUGAAGGUUGUCCUCCACUGUACUGCCUGGACCGCGGUUCAUGCCGUGUGGAGAUACAUGGACCUGUUUGCAUGUGUUUCCCAGGCUGGACUGGCAACCGAUGCCAUGUGCGAGAGAAGCCGCUCGUCUCCACGCCGACGCCCCCCGAGCUUGAGGACACACAGCUAGAUACGGUGUAUGCGGGCAUCGCCGUGGGAAUGCUCCUGCUGGCGUCCGGAAUGGCGGUCUGUGUCCUGGCUCUGUGCAGGAAGCGAUGCCGCGUAGUGAAACGAGACCAGACAGACGGAAUGAUGGAUCAGCCCGCCUUUGACUGGAGGGCAGAGCUCCCGUCUGGGUAUGAGAGGAGGGGCUGCCACACAGCCAGGAGCUUUAAUGAGGUCGGGGGGCUCUCCAUCAGCGUGUACCCUUGGACGAGGGAGGCGGAGCAGAGCUCGUCCUGGAGAGACGCCAAGCUGUCCUUUGCCAACCCGCUCUACGGUCACCCCCAGCACUGCGCCAGCUCCCACGCUUAAAGGAAAGACACUGUUUGUGUGGACAUACAAAGUAUAGCUGCGAACAAUACACACACUCACAUGUGGACGUGAUGCAACUAGCAAGAAGGGCUGAGGGCUUUUUGAGGCAAUAGUUUCAUUUUUAUAUGCAGAAGCUCCAGCUCUCACACACUCAUUGAUAGCAGGACAAAGGAAAUAAAAGCAAUUACAACAAAAGCCAUUCUUUUUCCUCAAGCAUACGUGUCCCAAGGAGGGGCUGCAGGAACAGGAAGUCAAACCCAAGGGACAUGAUUCUAAAAGCAACACUAUGAGGACAAGUUAUGAGACAAGUUACGUUGAUAAAUGCAUCGCUGCUCUGUAUUAUAUAUCAAAUACAAAAACAGCGUGUUACUACCAGCGUUUCCCAUUCGCUCCCACUAGAAAUAGAUUACCAGUUACCUGUUGGCUCUCGCUCAUAAACACAUUACAAUGGGACUGUCUGUGAACCUAGCUUGUCGUUCCAACUCCGUGCAGUAGAUGGCAUCGUAAGUCUGCUUCUUAACACACCUCCUAUGCACCUGGUCUGCCGUAGAAUAAGAAGAUGUAGCAGGAGGGAUCAGUGUUGUGUGUGUGUGUGUGUAGCCCCUCUGAACAAGCAGCGGGCGUGUAUUCCAAAACAUUUGUUCUGCUUUUCAUGUUUUUUGUUCAUUUUUUUUGUCUCCCACAGUACAGGG